AUGUUGGCCAGAAAAAGCCAAAACGCCAAAAGGCCAAAAGGCCAAAACGCCAAAACGCCAAAAUGCCAAAAUGCCAAAACGCCAAAACGCCAAAACGCCAAAACGCCAAAACGCCAAAACGCCAAAACGCCAAAACGUCAAAACGCCAAAACGCCAAAACGCCAAAACGCCAAAACGCCAAACGCCAAAACGCCAAAACGCCAAAACGCCAAAACGCCAAAACGCCAAAAGCCAAAACGCCAAAACGCCAAAACGCCAAACGCCAAACAACAAACGCCAAACGCCAAAACGCCAAAACGCCAAAACGCCAAAACGCCAAAACGCCAAAACGUCAAAACGCCAAAACACCAAAACUCCAAACGCCAAAACGCCAAAACGCCAAAACGCCAAAACGCCAAAACGCCAAAACGCCAAAACGCCAAAACGCCAAAACGCCAAAACGCCAAAACGCCAAAACGCCAAACGCCAAAACGCCAAAACGCCAAAACGCCAAACGCCAAAACGCCAAACGCCAAAACGCCAAAACGCCAAAACGCCAAAACGCCAAAACGCCAAAACGCCAAACGCCAAAACGCCAAAACGCCAAAACGCCAAAACGCCAAAACGCCAAAAGCCAAAACGCCAAAACGCCAAAACGCCAAACGCCAAACAACAAACGCCAAACGCCAAAACGCCAAAACGCCAAAACGCCAAAACGCCAAAACGCCAAAACGCCAAAACGCCAAAACGCCAAAACGCCAAAACGCCAAAACGCCAAAACGCCAAAACGCCAAAACGCCAAAACGCCAAAACGCCAAAACGCCAAAACGCCAAAACGCCAAAACGCCAAAACGCCAAAACGCCAAAACGCCAAACGCCAAAACGCCAAAACGUCAAAACGCCAAAACGCCAAAACGCCAAAACGCCAAAACGCCAAAACGCCAAAACGCCAAACGCCAAAACGCCAAAACGCCAAAACGCCAAAACGCCAAAACGCCAAACGCCAAACAACAAACGCCAAACGCCAAAACGCCAAAACGCCAAAACGCCAAAACGCCAAAACGCCAAAACGCCAAAACACCAAAACUCCAAACGCCAAAACGCCAAAACGCCAAAACGCCAAAACGCAAAAACGCCAAAACGAAAAAACGCCAAAACGCAAAAACGCCAAAACGAAAAAACGCCAAAAGCCAAAACACCAAAACGCCAAAUCGCCAAAACGCCAAAACGCCAAAACAAAAUAGGAAUUUCGAAAUCGCAGAGAACGGCUAA